AUACGUUAAGGUUUAUUACGAAUGGUCUCGCCUUUGGACUCCGCCGGGUGGGCUGGUCCCCCGGCUAAAUGGAUGGACCAGCUUGGGACUCGGGAGACACCCUUGGGCACGGGGAAAUGGGAAUACUCAUGCCCAUUGCCCUACCUCUCUCUAGUCUCUACUACCUUCGUCCUUCAGGGUCUGCUCGCUCAAGCUCCGAAAAGGUGCGUUUCAGGGUCUUGAUUUCGAAACGAGGUAUGGAGCACAUGGUGUCCCCGCCAGCCCCUCGAACCGUAGAUACUAGUACUUCUCAAUCAUCCGGUCAUAACGAGAUUCCUCUUAAGCAAAGAUAAUCGGUAUACGGAGUACUAAGAAUUGAGUUGGCACUGAAUUCUCCCAGCUGAUUAAUAGACCAUAGAUAAUAGUAGGUAGAGGCAGCCCCUGGAUAAACUCCGGCAGCCGGGGCGACUA